GGGCGGGCUUCCGUAUGAGGUAGAAGGAGGGGGCGGGGAGGGAAGCGGAGGCUGGCGAGCUCUAGGCCGGCCGGCGGUGGCGGCGGCAAGGCCUGGCCUCGGGCUGAGCGCCUGCUGUGGCGGCAGCGGCGGACGCCGAGAUCAGCAGAGGGUUUCUCUGGAAACCCCCCUGGUAAGUGCGGAGGAGGCGGGACACUCUGACCCAAGACAAAAGGCCUGUAGCUCCAGCCAAAGGAAAUAAACCUUAGGAGAGAGAAGGAAAAAAAAAUAUCCAUCAGCUGUUCCCGAGAACAACCUGCAGUGAAAUUUACAGAGAGGACAACUAAUGUGAGUGAGGAAGUGACUGUAUGUGGACUGUGGAGACAGUAAGUCACGUGGGCCCUGAGGGCCUGGACUGGGUUAGGAAACAGUUGUACUUUCGGAGGUGAGGUGUCAAGAAGGGAAAAGUGAAUGUGGUCUGGAGUGUGGCCUUGGCUCCAAGGGGUGUGCUUUCCUCUGAGGCCGUCAGGAAGCUCAGCCCCUGUGUUCUGCCAGGGUGGGGUACAGGGUUUGGCACUGAGGAGGGUAACUUGCUGGCUGGAGCAGCAGAGCAGUGGCCUUGAUUUGUCUUUUGGAAGAUUUAAAAACCAAAAAGCAUAAACAUUCUGGUCCUUCAGCAAUGCUUUCUCUGAAGAAAUACUUAACGGAAGGACUCCUCCAGUUCACCAUUCUGCUGAGUUUGAUCGGGGUGCGGGUGGACGUGGAUACUUACCUGACCUCGCAGCUCCCCCCGCUCCGGGAGAUCAUCCUGGGGCCCAGUUCUGCCUAUACUCAGACCCAGUUCCACAACCUGAGGAAUACCUUGGAUGGCUACGGUAUCCACCCCAAGAGCAUAGACCUGGACAAUUACUUCACUGCCCGGCGGCUCCUCAGUCAGGUGAGGGCCCUGGACAGGUUCCAGGUGCCAACCACUGAGGUUAACGCCUGGCUGGUCCACCGGGAUCCGGAGGGGUCUGUCUCUGGCAGCCAGCCCAGCUCGGGCCUCGCCCUCGAGAGUUCCAGUGGUCUCCAGGAUGUGACAGGCCCAGACAACGGGGUGCGAGAAAGCGAAACGGAGCAGGGAUUCAGUGAAGAUUUGGAGGAUUUGGGGGCUGUAGCCCCUCCAGUCAGUGGAGACUUAACCAAAGAGGAUAUUGACCUGGGGGCUGGGCGUGAGAUUUUUGACUACAGUCAUCGCCAGAAGGAGCAGGAUGUGGAUAAGGAACUGCGAGAUGGAGCAGAGCAGGAGGACACCUGGCCAGGCGAGGGUGCAGAAGCUCUGGCACGAAACCUGCUAGUGGAUGGAGAGACUGGGGAGAGCUUCCCUGCACAGGUGCCUGGUGGGGAGGACCAGACAGCCCUGUCCCUGGAAGAGUGCCUUAGGCUGCUGGAGGCCACCUGCCCCUUUGGGGAGAAUGCUGAGUUUCCAGCAGACAUUUCCAGCAUAACAGAAGCAGUGCCUAGUGAGAGUGAGCCCCCAGGUCUUCAAAACAAUCUUUUGUCUCCUCUCCUGACGGGGACAGAGUCUCCAUUUGAUUUGGAACAGCAGUGGCAAGAUCUCAUGUCCAUCAUGGAAAUGCAGGCCAUGGAAGUGAACACAUCAACAAGUGAAAUCCUGUACGAUGCCCCUCCAGGAGACCCACUGAGCACCAACUACAGCCUUGCCCCCAACACUCCCAUCAAUCAGAAUGUCAGCCUGCAUCAGGCGUCCCUGGGGGGCUGCAGCCAGGACUUCUCACUCUUCAGCCCUGAGGUGGAGAGCCUGCCUGUGGCCGGCAGCUCCACGCUGCUCCCGCUGGUCCCCAGCAAUUCUACCAGCCUCAACUCCACCUUUGGUUCCACCAACCUGGCAGGGCUCUUCUUUCCACCCCAGCUGAAUGGCACAGCCAACGACACAGCAGGCCCUGAGCUGCCUGACCCACUCGGGGGUCUGUUAGAUGAAGCCAUGCUAGAUGAGAUCAGCCUGAUGGACCUGGCCAUUGAAGAAGGCUUUAACCCCGUGCAGGCCUCCCAGCUCGAAGAGGAAUUUGACUCUGACUCAGGCCUCUCCUUGGACUCCAGCCAUAGCCCUUCCUCCCUGAGCAGCUCUGAAGGUAGUUCUUCCUCCUCCUCGUCCUCCUCCUCCUCCUCUUCUUCCUCUUCUUCUUCCUCUGCUUCUUCCUCAGCCUCUUCCUCCUUUUCUGAGGAAGGUGCAGUUGGCUACAGUUCUGACUCUGAGACCUUGGAUCUGGAAGAGGCUGAGGGCGCUGUGGGCUACCAGCCCGAGUAUUCCAAGUUCUGCCGCAUGAGCUACCAGGACCCAGCUCAGCUCUCCUGCCUGCCCUAUUUGGAGCACGUGGGCCACAACCACACAUACAACAUGGCACCCAGUGCCCUCGACUCCGCUGACCUGCCACCACCCAGCACCCUCAAGAAGGGCAGCAAGGAGAAGCAGGCUGACUUCCUGGACAAACAGAUGAGCCGGGAUGAACAUCGAGCCCGAGCCAUGAAGAUCCCCUUCACCAACGACAAGAUCAUCAACCUGCCUGUGGAGGAGUUCAACGAGCUGCUGUCCAAGUACCAGCUGAGCGAGGCCCAGCUGAGCCUCAUCCGUGACAUCCGGCGCCGUGGCAAGAACAAGAUGGCGGCGCAGAACUGCCGCAAGCGCAAGCUGGACACCAUCCUGAACCUGGAGCGGGAUGUGGAGGACCUGCAGCGCGAUAAAGCCCGGCUGCUGCGGGAGAAGGUGGAGUUCCUCCGGUCCCUGCGGCAGAUGAAGCAGAAGGUCCAGAGCUUGUACCAGGAAGUGUUUGGGCGGCUGCGGGAUGAGAACGGGCGGCCCUACUCGCCCAGUCAGUAUGCGCUGCAGUAUGCCGGGGAUGGCAGCGUCCUCCUCAUUCCCCGCACCUUGGCUGACCAGCAGGCUCGGCGGCAGGAGAGGAAGCCGAAGGACCGGAGAAAGUGAGCCUGGGGAGGAAGGGGGUUGACGCUCACCGAGAUGGAAACUGGAGAAGGGCUGGGCCUGGACCUGGACCUACAGCGGGGACUUUAAUGCCUUCUUAUCCAAUAGAUCUCAGAUGGGAUGACUGCGGGUCAGUGGACAGGAAGAGGCAGGCGCAGGCGCUGUCUGGCUCAGCUUCCCCCACUGAGGGGGGUGGAAGUGGCCAGACUGUUUGGGUGGACAGGGUCCUCACCCCUACCCCUUUCCUUUGAGGGAAGGGUGGUGCUGGCAUUGCUGGAGGCCGAAAAAGGGAAAGUAAGGGACUUGAGAGAGGAGAGGAAAGUAGUAGAAAGUCUCAUUCCUGGAAGGAAGGAAGGAAAACAAAAAACCCAGAAAAAUCAAAGCGGGAAGAAAAUCAGAGGGCAGGUUAAGUUGGCUCUGGCCAGGAUUUCAGGCAGCAGGUUUUAGAGGGGACUAGAUCACUGGUGUGAGUAAACCCCACUUCAACCUAGGGGAGGGGUGGAACACGGAGUAGGUUCUGGGAGGGGCCUGUGAACUCUUCCUGCUCCUGCACUUUGGCAUCCCUGAAGGGGAGCUCUUGGAUGAUACCUCCUGUGAGGUUUCCAUCAUAGGGGAGCCCCUGGGACCCAACACUGGCUUGGAGGGUUAGGAUCAAAGGGUAGAGUCAACAGGCGGGGGUCGUGAGGCCUCAUGUUGCAGCAGCCCCAACACCAAGCAUGUCACUCACUGCCCUGCCAUACAUCUUCCUCUGUGCCCAGUCACCCCUGAGCUGAGGCUCCCACAUCUCCAUCAGAGCCUGCAUGCGAAUGCUGUUCUCUUCCCACCCGUGCGCCCCCACCACUCACCGGCUGCCUGGAGCUCUUCUGGAGCUGGGGUGCCGGCAGUGCCCACAGGGCUGGGCCUGCAGCCUCCUGGGAGCUGCUCUGAGGCAGGGGGAUGGUGUGGACAAGCCAGGCAGUAUUCAGCACAACACUGGGGAAUGACCCUUCCCUCAGGCCUCCCCUACCAACAACUGGGCUUUGUCACUGGAAAGACAAAAAACUACAAAACCCAGCAGCAACAACAAAAACUAGUCCUCUUAGAGUUUCUUGCGCUUUGAUUUUUUUUAGGGCUUGAGCCCUGUUUCACUUAUAGGGUCUAGAAUGCUUGUGUUGAGUAAAAAGGAGAUACCAAUAUUCAAAGCUGCUAAAUGUUCUCUUUGCCAUAAAGACUCCGUGUAACCGUGUGAACACUUGGGAUUUUUCUCCUCUGUCCCAAGGUCUCUGUCUGUCUUUUUUGGGUUUCUUUCUAGGAGAAUGAGAAGUGCAUGUAACGGGGGCUGAGGGUACCCCUCCCUCAGGCUCUUGGCCACAGGCAGCUUCUCCACACCCCCAGUUUAGCAAGGGCUCCUGGAGGACUGCCUGGGGGAGGCAGAGAGGGGAGCGCCAAGUGGCCGGGUGGUUCCAGGACCACAGUGUCUCUAACUGUUGCCACUGCUGUCCCCACCUUGGCCUGGGUCUGGAGCAUUGUCUGCCCCGGGCUAGCAGGAAUGAGUUGAAGGGGGGAAGCACUGAUUCUCCUCCCCGCUUAGGUGGGGAGGCAUUCUAACUGAGCAGUACAGAUAGAAGGCACGAACCUGGGAAGUGCUUUUAUAAAUUAUUUUCCUUGUAGAUUUUAUUUUUAAUUUAUCUCUGUGACCUGCCAGGGAGAGGAGAGAGAGAUGCUGUGAGCACAUGACAAAAUAAAAUAAAAUAAAAUGGAUGAUUUAUUCUCAAGUGCAAUUUUUCCCUAUUUUGAAUUUAAAUUGAGAGUAAAGGAAACAGGCCCCAUGAGGAGAGGACUGGCCAUUGUGUAGCUAAGGCAGAGCUCUUAGGGGAAAGUGGGUGGAGAGCAGCAGAGAUUGACAAUGAAGAAUUUAGAAAGACAAAAGUCUUAAAUACUGUAUUAAAGCUUCCAAACAGGUGUUAUGUGCCUUUUUGUAGGGUUUGCCAGCUGAAUCCUUUUAGAGGAAGGAUUCAGAAUCCUUUUUGGCCUUUCUCCUAGGGCUAGGCUAGGUGGGUGUUGUCACCUGGCCCAGCUCCUUACCUGUCUUCCUGUGGCAGACUGCAUUUUUAAUAUUGAUUGUGCUGUUAUUUCUCUGGUGGCCCCACCUACCAACGGGGUGCAGAGCUUUGGAGCGUAGUCACAGUGACGACGGUGAUGGCAGAAACCCAGGAGACCUACAGGACCGGCACAUGCCAAGCACUUCACUAUAACAGCAGGGCCACGGAACCAGAGAACAGAAAGCUAGACCCGAGGGUUUAAGGCAUUUGAAAGCUCUCCAGCUGAGGUGACCAGGAUCUGUUCUCCCUCAAAGUAAUACAAAAAGCCUGUGAAGAGUUGAAUGCUUUAAGGUACUGGAUGGUUGCUGGAACAGCCACAUGCGCAUCUAGGGGUAGGUACUUAACAAAUGUCCAAGUAAUGAAUGCCCACCUGACAGUGUCUGUGAGAUUACCAAAUGAAGUUUAGGACUGGAAGCUGUGAUCCUCCUCAUGAAACCUGUGAUCUUGAACUCCCCAUGUACCGCUGUGUGACCUGGCUUAGCCCAGUCCUUUAAUGAUGCUACUAGAGUUUAUCCUAUGGGGUGAAUAGAAUUCUGGGAGUAACACUGAGUUCUUUUUUGUUUCAAUUUACAAUGGCUUUUGCCCCCCCAUCUAGUUGGAAGGGGUUGGUCUUAUCAAACAAGAGCUCUUUCCUAAUUAGUAAUUAACUUAUGACUGUAAGCCAAAUAAAAUGAAGAUUCUUAAAAAAAAAAAAGGCUAAAAAUUAAGUCAGAAAAACUUAAUUUAUGCUGAUAAAGAAAUACAAGUUAUAUACAGAAAACUGACAUGUAAAAUUCAGAGUAAUGUUUUCGUAUACUUUCUAGAAAUGUGUAUAUAUGUAUUUUUGUUUAGUACACAAUUAGGCUAUAACUUUUGUUUUGCAACUUUUCAAACAGAUUUUAAAGAUUUUAAGAAAAAGUCCUCUCACCUCCCCCUUUGCUAGUGUUGCCUCUGGUCUGAGAAAGUGUGUUUUGGUCACCCCUUUCCCCCAUGUCCCCUUAUGGAGAGAUGUACAGUUGUGUCUGGGAGCUUGCUGAUUAGCUGGGGCUUUGGGCCAAGUUGGUCAGCACUGCUGUGGGGCUGACCUCUUUUUGCUGUUGGCAGGUGGAGUGGGUGUUCCAGCUUCAAGGCUUUUUCUGGCAGGAAGAAGAUAUGAGAACUCAAGUAAGGACUGUGAAGGCUGCUACACCUGAGACAGGAAGUGAGACGAGGUCCUAGAUUUCGCAGGGAGAUGAGCAGACCUCAGGACCAAACUUCUGAGACCGUGCUUGGGUAGGGGUCGAAGACUUGCUUUGUCUUGACUUUAGUCCUAGGCAUCAUUCAAACUGAUUUUCCCACACAUUUUAAAUCAUGUAAGGCGACGGAAGUAGAUCCAUUGUGGUUUUUUUCUUAAGGCUGCACCACAUGGCCUGUGGGAUCUUAGUUCCCUGACCAGGGAUCGAACCCGUGCCCCCUGCAGUGGAAGCGCAGAGUCCUAACCACUGGACCGCCAGGGAAGUCCCAGAUCCACUGUUUCAAUCUCUGCCCCACACACGAUCUCAUCAGUGAAGCCAGGGCUAUUUCAGAAUCAGUAAAAAUAGAAAAAAUAUAGAACUGAGGGAAAAUAGAUACCUAGAGACAUGCUCAGUGUCAUCAAGACCUGGCCUCCACGGCUGACUCCUUGCCCUUCCUAGGGAAAGCUGAACAGCAAUUAAAAACAGCCAGUGAAUGAGGAGGUACUUUCCAUGGAGUCCUGCCUUCCUCAGGCUGCCUUCAUCCCUGCUUUGACCACCCACAGCUACACCAGACCUUGCUGCUCUUCAGAUCUGUUUGGCACAUAGCUGGAAAACAAGUGCCUCGCAGAAAAAAGAACAUCCCCACCACCGUAGUUCUACCUCAUCCAGCAGGGACUGACCUAGGGCAACAGCUUCAGAAACUCAGACUAAAUAUGUAGUUUUAGGGCACUACCAGCAAGAGCCCAUUUCCUUGAUACUAUCCAUGUACAAAAAUGGGUACCAGGUUGGUGUCUGCCUCUCUGGAAGUCAUUUUCCCAACCAAGUGUAGCAAAAUCUCUAGCAAAAUCCAUGUGUUUGAUUAUUAUCAUGAGUGGUUAAGCCUUGUUUUCCUAUUCCUGAUCCAUCUGGGAAGUGAAAGGGAACCAUAGACCUUCAACUUGUCAUUUUGUCAGUGCACCAAGAACCUCUUUCACUUUUACUUCUCCCACAGAGGUCAGUCAUCCUCCUUCCGUCUAGUUCUGAACUUUAUAGAGAGUGAGUAUGUGGGGACUCUGGGGAUACGUGUGAAGCUUAACGCGUGAUUUGAGUUCUGGUCCUUUUUCUGUCUAGGAUUUCUUUGAAAGUUCAUGCCUGCCUGAAUUAGUUGAGAAUCAGAAUCUAGUGUACAAGUUGUCUCCGGUGGAGUGAGAAUAUGGGCCUUUGUGAAGAAGUGUGUUUUCAAAAUCAGUUGGAUAGAAAUCCUCGUCUUCCUUUUUGAGUGUGCAGAAAUAUCAAUAAAAGUCUUAAAGCUG